GUUGCAACUGCCAAGAUACCUCCCUUCCGCCAAUGUUCUCUUAUGUGGAAGUUAAAAUUGAAGAGGCUGUUAGAGACUUACCAAGAAAGGGAGAGGACUUACGAAUUGUAAUCCAAGACAAUGGUGGAUUGUCUUCGAUGAUUGGUUCUAAACUAGCAAAUUUUAUUAUGCUUACUAACUAUUUGCAGUUGAGCUAUGAGACUCGCAAAUUACCUCUUUAUGAAGCCAAUUAUGGAUGGGGACCUCCGGUUUGGGUUGUCAGCAGUGUGGCUCCCACGUUAGACAAGGACAGCCAAGGAGUUGAACCGUUGGUCACAUUGCAUAAAGAGAACAUGUUGUCUUUCGAGCAGAACCAGAACUCCUUGCAUUUGCUUCCUAUAUCAGCACACCUGAAAUAUAAGCCAUCUUUGCCUCAAAUCGAAGAUCCAAAGACGGUGAAGGAUGUAGAGCCUUACACCGUUAAAGUAGUAAUGGUCUUUGUGGCGGACCUCGAGAAGGAAUGUCCGAAGACAAGUAAAUUCAAGGCCUUCUUUGAGAAACUUAGGGGAUUCGCCAAGUAUGUUUGCCCAAUAAGAAGAAGAGACCAAGUAGAUUACGACCGAGACCUGAAGGCCAAAGCCGGGGGUGUCUUCAAGGCCAUAUCUUCUUUUGCUAUUGGAAAGAUUAGGGAGGAAAUUCAAGAGGAGAAAAUGGAAGCCAUUAAUACCUUUAGGUUUAUGAAAUCUGUGGCGGCUAAAAUUAUGGGCGGUCGUAAGAAAGAGGAGAGUGAAGAAACCAUGAAACUAACAGCAGAACAACAAAAAGAAAUCAAAGAAGGAAUCUUGAAAUGGGAAACAAUUAUUACUCGGAUAACAAACACAAUGGUAAUGAGCACAACCAAUUCUGCUUCCGGUGAAGAAUCUAGUGUUGCAAAAGAAGGCUCAAGCAACAACAGCAAAAGCUCUGGUAGUGAAAGCAAAACAGACUCUUCUUCCGGUGAAGAAUCUAACGUUGGAAAAGAAGGUUCAAGUAACAACAACAAAAGCUCUGCUAAAGGUGAAAGUGAGAAUUCUUCUUCAAAAACUGCUGGUGGAAGUUCCAAUGUCGAAGCAAGUCAGAGCAGCAGUGUAACAGUGACACAAGUCGAGGAAGAGACGUCCAAAGAUGUCUCGACAUUCAUUAUGAACCUCGAAAAGAAGUGUCCACAAAAGGAGGAAUUCAAGGUCUUCUUCGAGCAACUUAAGGGUACAAUGAUUGCUCCCCGCAAAGAAAGAAAAGGUUUGUUUACUAGGAUUAAAUCUGCUGCUGGGAAACUAUCUGGUGCCAUGGCAGUUAUGCGGUCAAGAAUUGGAAGCAAAUCAGCCGAGGUAAAGAAGAAUAUGGAAGCUUACCAAGAACAAGUGAUGACGACUCUCCAAGAGUUAGAUACCAUUCAUAGUCAAAUUGUGAGUCAGAACAAAGGCAAGAGUUCUAUGACAUGCACACCCGCACAACAAAUGCAGAUUAAGCAGACAAUCACCAAAUGGGAAAAAGUCACGACCCAAUUCGUUGAGGUUGCAGUUCAGAGCGAGUCACAAUCUUCUGCAUCUUCUUCCUCUUCUUCUUCUUCCUCUUCUUCCGGCAAGAUGCAAGCGAAUUAAACUCGAAUGACUAUAACUCACAAAAUGCCAUAACAACUAGCUAAUAAUUAAAUUAUUUUUCUUGUAAAUAAAACCAAGAUAUGUAUAGGCUAGCCAUAGAUAUAUCGACCGGCCUAUACAAAGAAUAAUUUUGUAAAAUUAAAUAUAGAUUGAAAGUUCCU